UGGUCACACACAUUUAAUUUGUACAUAUAUACUUUGAUAGAGGUUGCUAAAAAGCCAUUUGUAAACCAAAGAAAAAUAAAACCAGCUGAGCUGAGUGUAGCUAUAAGGAUGUGGCCCACAAUGAGGAUAAACUGGACAAAGAAACGUCUGUUUAAAAAGUAGGCUUGUCUGUGGAGUCCUCCCUUCAGAGGUUUGUUCAGGCCUAGCGGUGUAGACCCCAACCCAUAAGCCUCCUGCAGACACACCUGUAGAGGAGAGUAUAAAGACUCUGGACUGAACUGAGUCAAACCUCAAGCUUGAAGGAGUCUCUCCACAGCAGCUCUCCAGAGAAGCUCCACAGCCUCCAGACCGACCCUGAAGAUGACUCCCUCUGCCAGCCUGCUGCUGCUGCUCCUGCUCGGCCUCUCACAGGCACUUCCUCUCCAGGAGGAAGGAGGCGAAGACGACGAAGAAGCCCCCGACACCGUCGACAUCACCACCAGGAUUCUGACCUCCAACAAGGGCAGCGAUGAGAUCCUGCUGGAAGGAGACCUGCUGGUUCCCAGAACUAGAAAUGCCCUAAUGUGCUAUACCCAGAACUGCUUCUGGAAGAAAAACUCCAGCGGCCUGGUGACGGUCCCCUUCACCGUGAGCAGUGAGUUCACCAGCUCAGAGAAGCGGCUGAUUGUCAACGCCUUGCAGGGCUUCCACAGCAAAACCUGUAUCCGCUUCGUGCCCCGUAACAACGAGACCGACUACAUCAGCGUGGAGAACAAAGCAGGAUGUUUCUCCUCUCUGGGCAAAGUGGGAGGCAGACAGGUGCUCUCUCUGCAGAGGCAGGGCUGCGUCUACUACGGCAUCAUCCAGCACGAGUUCAACCACGCUCUGGGCUUCUGGCAUGAACAGACCAGGAGCGAUCGCGACAACUACGUCACGAUCAAUUGGGCCAACAUCGACCCUCAGAUGGCCUACAACUUCAACAAGCAGGUCAGCAACAACCUGAACACUUCCUACGACUACAGCUCCAUCAUGCACUAUGGAAGAACAGCCUUCUCCAUCAACGGGCAGGACUCCAUCACCCCAAUCCCCGACCCUAACGUCCAGAUCGGCCAGAGGCAGGGCUUGUCCUCCUGGGACAUCAUAAGGAUCAAUAAGCUCUACAGCUGCUAAAAACAACACAUCUUAUCCAAAGUUAUCAGUUAUGAAAACAAGUUUCUGUUCAUAUAUUCUUUAAGCAGACAGCAGAAUCUAAGACUAUGAAUCUGUGAAUAUAAGGCUCUGAAAUACAAAAUAAAACCUCCACAAUCUAAUCUCACCA